AUGUCUAACAUCAAUCAAGCCAUGCAGUUUAAGCAACAAGAACCAAAGCAAAAGUUUAUAGCAAAGCGUCCAUUCACUCCACAAGAGGAUCAAAUCCUUAUUAAAUUCUUCAUGGCAAACGGACCACACAAUUGGUCAAGUCUUGCGAACGUUUUACAGAGUAGAACACCAAAACAAUGCCGUGAGAGAUGGCAUAACCAUUUAGAUCCAAAAAUUAAUAAAGGACCAUGGACACAUCAAGAAGACAUCAUUCUCGCUCAAAAGCACUCCGAGUUGGGAAACAAAUGGGCCGAUAUUGCCAAGUUUUUACCAGGAAGAACAGAUACAUUAGUGAAGAAUAGAUGGAAUACAUCAGUUAAGGCUAGAGUUAAUGAACUUCUUUAUAACAAGCCAAUGUGCAAAGUACAAACUAAUGACGAUUCUUUCAAUAAUUGGCUUACUUCCUUAACUUUACCAAAGAAGUUCGAUAUUUCCUUCUUAAGCAUACCACCGUUGAUGCAAAAGACAUCUGUUCAAGUAUUUUGA